UCAUAGUAGACAUUUCACUUGAUGCAGAAAAUAAACUUGAGGAUUCAUUUGAUGAUAAUAUAGUAGUUGGAGUUGAUAUUUCAGAUAAUUCUGGCAAAAAAACUGUAGAUAAAUUUAUAAGAAGUUCACUUAAAUUAAGCAUUCCAGAGAAAGUAUAA